AUGUACUGGGCUGCUGGCUUCGCCUCCUCCCGGCCGUGUGUGGUCGAACUCGGCCGGAACCACAGUCUGCCCCUCGGGCUGUGCGCCUCCGAGCAGCAGAACUCUUUGUAUGGCUAUAUCAUUGCCUUCCCUCUGCAGGACUACGGAGGCAUCAUGUCGGUGCUGGGCUCGGACUCCUGGUGGAAGAAGACCCUGUACAUCACCGGGGGGGCCCUGUUGGCCGCGGCUGCCUACCUACUGCACGAGCUGCUCACCAUCAGGAAGGAGCAGGAGCUGGACUCUAAAGACGCCCUCAUCCUUCACCAGUUCUCCAGGCCAAAGAAUGGCGUGCCCAGCCUCUCACCCUUCUGCCUCAAAAUAGAGACGUACCUGCGCAUGGUGGAUCUGCCCUACCAGAACUACUUUGAUGGGAGGCUGUCGCCGCAGGGUAAGAUGCCCUGGAUCGAGUACAACCACGAGCAGGCGUCAGGGUCAGAGUUCAUCGUGGACUUCCUGGAGGAGAAGCUGGGCGUCAACCUCAACAGUAACCUCACCCCGCAGGAGAGAGCUGUGUCACGAGCCAUCACCAAAAUGGUUGAGGAGCACCUCUACUGGACGAUAGCUUACUGUCAGUGGGUGGACAACUUGGACGAAACCCAGAAGCUUCUGUCCAUGAGCGGCCCACUGAGCGACACACUAAAGUGGCUGCUGAGCCACCUGAAUGGCAGCAUGGUGCGCAGAGAGAUGUACGGCCAUGGCAUCGGACGCUUCUCCAAGGAGGAGGUCUACACCCUGAUGGAGAAGGACUUGAGGACGCUGGCUACACUGCUGGGUGAUAAGAAAUACUUUAUGGGCUCUAAGAUGUCAACACUAGAUGCCACAGUGUUUGGACAUCUAGCGCAGGCUAUGUGGACUCUACCUGGGACACGACCCGAACAACUCAUUAAAGGGGAGCUGAUCAACCUGGGUAUGUUCUGCGAGCGAAUGCGGAGGAGGUUCUGGCCCGAGUGGUUUGUGGAGGUGGAGGAUCUUUAUUACGAUGGAGACAGUGAGAGCAGCAGUGGCGGCGGUGGCGGUUCCCCUACAGGCCUGCUGGACUUUGGCCUCUUCUCUAGGACUGACACUCUGGAAGACAGCGAGGCCAGCACCCACUCAGCCAGGCCCAUUCACUCCCACUCCCCCGACUCUAACCAUUCGCUGUUUGACUCGGAUGUGGGAACGGGGUCUGACAAUGACAUUCAGCUUAAGGAGGAACUAAUGCCGGACCUGGAGGUUUGACCUGAGAAUGGCUGUAGUAGGCUGAGGGAAUGACACUGACAGAAGGCUGGAGCAAUCUGUUUUUGCUUUAUAAACCUGGUUGAAAGAGUCCGUCCAGAGUGAGCUCUCACAGCUGAAGAAACUCUUCCAGCUCCUCCACCUCCAAUACCCAACAUGUUACAACUCCCUGAUGGACAAACUGGGUAUUUAUAUGCAGAGCGUAAGAACUGGACAUCAUUAUGCACAUGCUACUCUACUGUUUGUCCCCUCUCGUGACGUCCGAACUGUCCCCUUGGCAGUCUUCUCUUUGCCUUACUUGUCUCGUCCUAAGAUGCAGGAGCUGGUGUGAAAGGUUAACACAACAGGAAAACGUCUCAUGAAACGUGCGGCAACGCAGAGACAAGAGAGCGUUGUACACAGGACAGGUGGCACAUCACUUGCUAUAAAAUGAUGCAACUAAUCACCACUCUGCCAUGUGUCAUUACGCACAGACCCAUACAGACAGGUGGAGAUUGAUCACGUGGCUAAAAGGAACAGCUGCUGCAUCUCCACUACGAACCAUCCAUGUGCUGAAGAGGAAACACAGGUGACACAGAGCGCCAGUCCGUGCCCCAGAUUCAUUCUUAUGUCAUCUCCUCGAUGCUUCAAGAAUCUGUAUCAACACAAUGAUGCGUCUCCAUCAGACCAUGAGAUCCACUUGCAGUUCUACUGAAUAGGAGUCAGGAGAAGAGAUGAGCAGAAUCCUGCCUGUUGAAUUUAGUUGUUAUCAUCCUUAUGUCUCUGAUUUAUAAAGAAUGUGUUUGCACGCAGGGAUCGGGUGAGCCUGGAGGUUUUAGUUGUAAGUUUCACCAUCCUUUAGGUUCACAUUGAAGAGCUGUCACUUUUCUAUUUGACCACUAGAGGGUGUCAGUGCUCUGUCUGGUAUCCCCUACAUUUUGUAAUAUCAAGGUCAUUCCACUCUGAGGACGUGCAGUGGAUUCAACUCAGCAAAUUAUUUCUCCUUCAGGCCUAAACUUGAAUAUUGUGGUUCCCAUUAUGUGUGUGUGUUGCUGUGUGUUUGUGUGUGUCUGUGUGUGUGUGACUGAGCACAGCAACAAAUCAGCCUUAGUGUUCAGACUCAUGGGUGAAAAUACUCUUUGUUGCAAUAUAAUUUCAUUAUCAGUGCCACUUGAUUAUUAUCAUUAUUAUAAUUUUCUUUCUAUAAGAAUAUAUUUGUCAAAAUCUCUAUUUUUUGGUUGAUAUUUAUUUUCUUAUUUCUCUCAAAGAGAAUGUUAUUUUGCACUAGUGGAAAUUUAUUUUCACCUUAUUUCAGGGGGAACAGUCGGCUGGGGAGGGAGAGAAGAGAACUCAAAUGAAUGGGAAACAUAAAUAUGUGUAUCAGAUGAGCAGGAGGCUGAGUGCGCUGAUAACAAUUGUGCUGUGGGUGGGUCGCACUGCUUGUGUCGGCCGUGUGUGUGUGAAUGUUACUCAUUGUGAAUGUUAGAAGAGACGGUCAUAAUACCAAAUCAAACAGAAAUGAGCAUCGCUGAAUGAAAAAGCAAAAAAAUGGACCAAAAUGUGUCGGGAAGUGUUCUGUCUGUCGUACUGAGCUGGAAGUGCUCAUGAACACAAUACAGUGUAAUGACUGUAUAAGAUUGUGCGGCUGAUAAGGAAGAUGUCACUUAAAUUAAAGGAUCAGUUCAUCCAAAUUACAAAAAAAAUGUAUAUUCUCACGUGAAUAUAUUGAGCCAUGCAGACAGCUUUCGUUGGAUUUCCUCCUUGUUGUGCUUCCAUCCCAAUGCAAUAAAGGUGAAUGGACUUUCAUAUGUGCUGCUUACAACAUUGACUAUGAUUGAUAGUGUUGUAUGCGAUAAUAUAGAACACGCUGUCUUCAGUAGAAAUAGUUCCAAUGCAAAUGGCUUAUAGAGAAAUGUAGCCUCGUCUUAACCUGUCGGGGAGAGCUGAAGCUGUUUCUGUUCCAGAGAGUGUCAAGCAAACGACUUUGGUAGAGGAACAUGAACGUAAGCAAACAGCUUUACCUUCAUCCAUGAUCUUUUCCAUUCGUGCUAUCAAACCCCAAAUGCUUGCACACAUGACGUCCCAUGUGGUUUGGUUUUAUCGUCAGUUGGCUCAGCUCUGUUGUGUGUAGCUGUACAACAGGACAAACUAAGUAAGAGUGAAACACCCAAUACGGCUUUUGGAUUCAUUAUACACUGUUAUCUUUUGAGAGUUUCUUUUCUGACAUUUUGAGGUAAUGGGUCAAUUCAUUGGUACGUUUUUGUUUCCUCAUUUUAAGGGUAGAAUUUCUAAGAUAAAGUGACAGCCUUAGUUCCAGUGAUGUCAGUAGAUUAGUUUGAUCAGCAAGAACAUUGUUUCCAUAUAGAUUGUUUCUGUUCUAUUAUUUACAGCUGCUAUUAGAGAUGUGGUGAAAUUAUAGAUGGUUUGUUGUACCAUUUUAGUGGUAACUUCAAUGGCAAUUUAGUGUAUAAGGUAGCAAGUCUAACACGCAGGCGCAGACACCAAGGUGCUUUUGUUGAGUGUUGGAAAAAUGUGGCAUAAGCAGGAAUAGGCAGGUGCUAAUAGCUUGCAAAUGUUAGCAUCCACAGUUCCCAAAUUAUGUGGCUGAUAUUUUGUCCUGACUGUUAUUUGGGGUUGACGUCUGCACUUAAUUUUGCUCACUAUAAUUGUUAUACAAAAUGUUCAUUCCACAAACAUCUAUAUCAUGAACCUUUCAUCUUAUCAGCUUCACUCUUAGCAUGUGUAUUGUAAAUGGCCAGAGAAAGUGCAGUGCCGAGUUUGGUGUGAUUUGGACGUGCAAUAUGUUUAAUAUGAAUUAAAAAUAGUCCGUGAGGGUGGAGGCAAUACAAUCUCAAUUGCUGAUAAAUCAGGAAGGAUGAAAGCAAUGUUUUCUAGCUUCACUCUGAACCAUAGACUGUUUAUACGAAGCUCUGCACACUACGUCCAGCACACAAACAAUACAAAGUGACAUCAUAUUGUUUGAGGGGGACUCACUAAUGUCAGGGAAUAAUUCUUAAGUUAAAUCUAGAGCAGGGGUUUUCCACUGGUUUCGUCCCAGGGACCACCAUUCUGACUAGAAAGUAAUCCGUGGCCCACUGAUGUGCCUACGCGUGCGCGUGUCUACGUGUGUGUGUGUGUUUAUGUGGAUAGAAGGAAGUUUUAACAUUUGGUUUUCCAUGUCGGUAUUAUUUAAACACCUAAAACAAAUCUAGAUAUAUCUACUUAAAAACCUUAAACAAAUCUAUAAAAAUCUGUGUAAAAAUUUUCAUUAUUAAUUCUGCCCUUUUGGGCCUUCUUUUUGGGAAAAUAAAAAUUCCCAUCAUACAAACUACAUCUCCGCUCAACCGCUCUUCUACAUCCACCUUUAACACGCAUGCACAGGGGAAAACUACUGGCAGUUUCUAGCCUCAAGCCGGUUUCAAGGUUCCCCUCAUCACCUUUAUAUUAUUUUAGACAUAUUUUUCUUAUUUUAGAUAUUACUCACGAUAUUCAAGAGUAAUCUGGAAAUUUGUUGAAAUAUCAAAGCAAAUUUCGCGGACCCCCUGCAAUGCCCUCGCGGACCACCAGGGGGCCGCGGACCCCUGGUUGAAAACCCCUGAUCUAGCGCAUUACCACAAGACAAACAAACGACCCAUUCCAAAUAGGAAUAUUAACUAUUGACCAAUAACUAUGUGUGAUGUGUAAUUGUUCCAUUAUAGCGGAAAUUCACAGAGGGUUAUCACGAUAUCCGCUCUUUGAGGCGUUUGUUAUGGCGUGCUGUUUCGGUUGGUUCUCAUGAGCAUAGUUAACAGACAAGGCAGGCAGCUGAAAAAGCCAUGAUCAACCUGCUGUACAAACGCUACGUGCUCAGCGCCAAACAACAGACGGACAAACCUGGCAUCACGCAUGUGAACAUAGUGGAGCGUUAAACAGCUAAAGAGAUAUUUCCCUCAGGUUUUGCUAGAGAGAACAGUGAUGUAAAAGAGAGUCAACAUUGGUUGGUGGACACAUCUUCAAACUUCUAAUUUUGCCCUGCGUUUGACAACAAAUUCAACAUAUCAACUGACGAUACGUCUGUGGUGUAUUAACAAAAAGGUAGUCAAUGCAUCAAUGCUUUUUGUGUGAUCGCACACAAUCUUUCGAAAAUAGGACAGGAUGGUGAAUAUCCCCUGUAUGUUUAAAGGUCUUCAGCACAAGUUUGAUGAUAGGUUGCCAACCACUAGUAGAUGGCAGGGAUCAAGAGCAAAUGUUAGCGACCACCAGCGGACGCUCAGGAUGUAUCAUUAGUUGUGUAGCUUAGCAUCAUCUGGUAUUUUUGCCUAGACACCUUCCUCUAAGGCAGCGCCACCACAGGCUGGUCAGACCUGGGUGUGUGUCGCUAACACCUUGGGGCCCAGUUGGGAUCUCUCCUCCUGAUCAAGAGCCAUUGGCUGCAGGGCUUGUCCAUGGAUUCCAGAACUUGAGCAGCUUGAUGGUGGAUGUGGCAAUAAAACCUCUACAGCCAACCCUGCAGGGUGUUGCACCAGUACCAGGUCCUUUAAUCUUUAAAUCUCAUCUCUAACAUCUCCAAAUCUGGACACAUUAAACCAAAACUGUUUGCAUGGCUACGCACACAACAAAGUGUGACUUAGAUCAUUUUUCUGUUUCAGGUGAACAGACCCUUUACAAUAAUAAUGUUUAAGGAGGCGAGUUUGUAACGGUGAGGACGUUGUUUGAGACUCCAGAGAGAACCUCCUUCCUUCAUGUCGUCCUGUGGUCUGAUUCCCGACCUGCCAGGACCUGGGUCGUGUUUGUCAGUUGCCUCACCCAGUCUGGGCGUCAUAUACAGUUGGACUGCUUUAAUCAAGCCAUAUUCAAAACUAGAAGUGUUGUUAUUGAAAACAUUACAUAGCACUUCUGGUGGGGUUAUAUAAAUGUUGUAUGUUUGACAAAGUGUACCAUACUGUAUGUAGAGCUGACUGAUUCAACAACCUCUGGGUGUGCAGUCAUAGAAGCUGGAGCGGCUGGAUGAUUUCAAUAAAAGCUAGCUGUGACAAUUUUA